AUGUCACCCGCCGAUACGUAUGCCUCGCCGCCAGAAUCGCUUAUCGACACGGGAUUUGCCGAUAACAGGACGAGCUUACACUUACCCGUCGACCUGAGGAGACAUUCUCGAGGCCGCAGUCGUAGUGUAACUUCAUUCGGUCCAGAACAUUACCCGGAGGAGACACAAGUCACCCUGGAUUCCCUGCCGGAUUACGAGUUCCAGCGGAGGGCAACCGGUCGAUGGUAUGGAUACGGAAAGGUUUUCGAGAUUUCCGGCCAGCAUGAAGACAAGACUAUUGCCAACCGUUGUAUGGUAGUGGUGGGCCGAGCUAGGGACCUGCCGGCUCCGACUGCGGAGCAAAGGCGUAAAGGCGUUGAAGCAGCAGCCAUGUCCAACACACACGAUUGA